AAAACAGGAGUUCAGAUGCCCAUGAUAAUCUCUGGAAUUCAUGCAGAUCACAAACCGAGAACCAGGUGGAAGGGCUUUCUGAACGAGCUAGGCUCUUUGCCAGGCCAGACAUUACCAAGUGCCUUCUUCCUGGAAUUCACCCUAGUUUCUCCAGAGGAACAGGCUGGACAGUCUAAACACUUGAUCAGGAACUUGGGGAAAGCGCGUGACCAAGAGCGUCGAGAGAGCCUGCACGGAGUACCAGCCAUGCUCGCUGCAACAGGCUCCCUGGUGGCCGCCAUUUGGGCAGAGCUCCAUCUGAAGACUCUGCUGCUGGCUGCGGUUGCCUUCCUGUUCCUGGCUGACUACCUCAAAAAGCGGCGCCCCAAGAACUACCCGCCAGGACCGAGGCCCCUGCCCUUCGUGGGCAGCAUGUUUUAUUUGGACCCAAAGCAGCCCCACCUAGACCUCCAGAAGUUUGUGAAGAAACACGGGAACGUUUUAAGCUUGGAUUUUGCUAACAUACCCUCAGUGGUUGUAACUGGCAUGCCCUUAAUCAAAGAAGUCUUUACUCAAUUGGAGCCAAGUUUUCUGAAUCGUCCUGUCACUUGUCUCCGAAAACAUCUCUUUAAGAAAAAUGGAUUGAUCUUCUCCAGUGGCCAGACAUGGAAGGAGCAAAGAAGGUUUGCCCUGAUGACCCUGAGGAACUUUGGGUUGGGAAAGAAGAGCUUAGAGCAGCGCAUACAGGAAGAGGCCAGCUAUCUUGUGGAGGCCAUAAAAGAGGAGGGAGGCCAGCCUUUUGACCCUCACUUCAAUAUCAAUAAUGCAGUUUCCAAUAUCAUUUGCUCUAUCACCUUCGGGGAGCGCUUUGAGUACCAGGAUAGUCGAUUUCAGGAGAUGCUGAGGCUACUGGAUGAGGUCAUGUGUUUGGAGUCAUCACUGAUGUGCCACCUCUACAAUAUCUUUCCGAGGAUAAUUCAUUAUCUGCCUGGAUCGCACCGAACACUUUUCAGAAACUGGGGAAAGCUGAAACUGUUUGUUUCUGAUAUAGUUGACAAUCACCGGAGAGACUGGAACCCUGAUGAGCCGAGAGACUUCAUUGACGCUUUCCUCACAGAAAUGACAAAGUACCCAGAGAAGACUACAAGUUUCAAUGAAGAGAACCUCAUCACCACCACUCUGGACCUCUUCUUUGCUGGAACAGAGACAACAUCCACGACCCUGCGCUGGGCUCUGCUCUACAUGGCUCUCUACCCAGAAGUCCAAGAAAAAGUACAGGCUGAGAUUGACAGAGUGAUUGGUCAAGGAAGACAGCCAAGCCUGGCCGACCGAGAGUCCAUGCCCUACACCAAUGCUGUCAUCCACGAGGUGCAGAGGAUGGGAAACAUCAUUCCCUUUAAUGUUCCCAGGGAAGGGGCAGCUGCCACCAAGUUGGCUGGAUUUGACCUGCCAAAGGGAAUCAUGGUCCUGACCAACCUAACCGCAUUGCACAGGGACCCCAAAGAGUGGGCCACUCCAGAUGUCUUCAACCCAGAGCACUUUCUGGAAAAUGGAGAGUUUAAGAAGAGAGAGGCUUUUCUGCCGUUCUCAAUGGGAAAACGAGCUUGUCUUGGAGAGCAAUUGGCCAGGUCUGAGCUGUUCAUUUUUAUCACUUCCCUUAUUCAAAAAUUUACCUUCAAGCCCCCAGCCAAUGAGAAGCUGAGCCUGCAGUUCAGAAUGUCUGUUACCCUUUCACCCAUCAGUCACCGCCUCUGUGCAGUUCCUAGGCUGUGAUGUUGAGAAAGGAAAGUAUGAAGAGAUGGUAUCUGCUUGGAAGACACUGGUGCCUCCUCACAUUUGAGGGGAUAGGAUGAAGGUGACCAGGGAAGUAGGUAUAAUGAGACUAAAGUGAUUGAAUCCAAUUAUGGAUUCAUAAGUAGAAAGCCAUUUAUGAGCUCAAUUACUCUUUUCACCUAAGACUUUGAGAGAAAGAUGAUUCCUCCAGUAAAGAAAAUGCUUGUAGGGAACAUGAGAAAUAGUGGAUUAAAUUGAUAUGGAAAUCACAAAAACUAUCAUAAAUGUAAUCUUUACUUUGCCCCCUCAUUUCUUCUUUCAUUGAUGUGCAUUUGCUUCUUCUAGCCUGUGGACAUAGUUCAUCUAUAGGGUGCAAAAGGGAGGGUGUCCAAGUAGGCUCUUCCACUGGCUAGGUCUGCUGCUGCAUUGUAUUGCUCUGCCUCUGAAUGGACCUCUUGGAGGUCAGCAGGCAGGAUAACGAACAGCGGGCAGGCUAGGCAAGUGCUGGGGAAGCAGUUUCUAUGAUUUACAUAUAGAAGUUGUAUGUAACCUAUGACCCAAGACAUGGUAGAGUAUAAUCAUAGGAAAGCAAAUCCUGGAAGCAGAUUUGAAGACAAAUUGGAAUAAUUUUCUGUUUCUGCAGUAACUUCUUGCCUCGAGUCCUCCAUGAGACAUUUAUUCCUACAGACAUUCUCACAUAGGACCUGGCUGUGUUGGGUGUGAAUGUCAUUUCCAACUGGGGUUUAACCUUAGGUGGUUCCAAUUAUUAGCCAGAAUUCACUAAGCCCCAGCAGUGAAUUUUUCAACAGGGCAUGAUAAAUGGAAAAAUUCUUCCUGAGCAUGAUCAGUGAGGUCAGUUAAUGAUUAUAAAGUAUGUCUAAUAACAUUGACAGGAAGGGUUUAAUUUACUUACAAUUAAAGCAAGAAAACUGCUAAUAAAGUAGCUAUCAUGCCCCAAAUUUUUUGGUCCUCAAGAUUCCAGAGAUUCUGGAGCAACACAAUAAACUAUUAUAUCAAGGAAGCUUUUGACUGCAAUAGCCUGAGGUUCCCAAGGACAGAAGUGAAGUAAGGCAGUUAUAGUAGCUCUGCACACUUACUUAUCUCCCCCAUCCCACGCCCAAGCAUCUGUAGCUUACACCAUGAGCCAAAUAUUACCUUAGAGAUCAUUUCUCAUUAGCACUUGAACAAUUCACACAAGCAAGGGAUUUUCUUAGUCUUAUGGGCUACUGUUGCUCUCAAGAUCCAAACCUGAGACCCUGUCUUUUUAUGCACAGUGUUAUUAAAUGAUCCUAACUAGAGAUCUGUCUUUGAGCUUCACUGUGGAACUUUUACCAAGAAAAAAAAUCUCCAAGUCUUAUCUCACAUUGCUUUGUUUUUUGGGUGUGAUUUUGAUAUACAUAUGUGCCCCUUCAGUCCAAAUUCACCCUAUUAAAUUUAUAGGGCGCAUACCAUCAUGCCUGUGGGAGAAUAACGACACCAUAAUACAUUCAUACAUCAUUUUCUGUUCUUGGGACUGAGUUGUUUUGUGCUGCAUGGGUAGUGCACUGCUGGUGAAUCUGCUCCUGUGUUAAUUCACAUGCACUGUCGUCUUCCAUCCUCAAAGUGCAGUCAAAUGGAAUAUCUCCAAGCAAGGCAUGGCCUGAUAGGCCACUGUUUACAGAGUAAAGAGUCAUUUAGAGCAUGGCCCACCUGAUCUUGAUGCAAUGAUUAUAAUAAUAUUAAAAAAAAUAUGGGGGCCUCUCUUAUCCCCACGGAUGCAAUGGGUCCCAGCAAGUGUCAUGGAACCACAAUGAACCAGGUACUUUGUAGAGCAAUUCACUGUGACUCCUGGUGCAAAUUUCCACCCAAGAAUCUUGUCUCCUUUUUUGCCAAUUUCACUGAAGAUGGUAUAAAGUGUGAGUCUCCUUCCCAUCCAAAAAUUAUAUAACAAAGAAUUGUGAAUGAAACUUCCAACAAUCACUCUUCCUUUGCUUUGGCAACCCUUUCUUCUCCUCUCUUCAAUUCUGAUUGACAUUUAGUAUACAAGUCUUUUGAGAGGAAAUAAAGAAUGAGGGAAUAAGGAAACAAGCCAUUACAAGGUGUGUUAUAUAUGUGUUCUGGGGAUGACCGCCCCCACAGUCAGCUGUUCUCUGCAUUGUGACCAGCUGUGGCUUUCUAUAAUGGUCUCUGUGUGCUGCCAAAAGAAGCUCCCUUGAUACAAAAACCAUGUGUCUAAAGUCUCUCUAUCAUAACUCCAGCAUCAUAGUUUCAACAGGGCUCCCUUAGCUAAAUUCUGUCAUUGAUGUAAAUAUGAAUUUAAUAACGAUUUUAAUAAAAGAAAUUAUAUACUCCAUACAUUA